AGUCGCGCGCCCGUUCCGACUGCACGUGUCGCGCCCCGCGCUCCACACAGCCACACUCACGCCAGCAUCGCCCGCACCGAUAAAUAAGAAUCGGAACGUCGAGAUAAUUGAGACAGCAGAGAAGUCCAGAGAAUAAAAGACGAUGAGGACCGCGGUGUAUCUAGUGGCGCUCUGCAUAGCGCUGAGCGCAGCAGCCCCAGCGCCUGAGCCCGCCCCUGCGGCGGACCCUGAACCCAACCCCGCACCAAACCCCGCGCCCUCCGCAGAUGAUAAGCCAGAAAUCAUUGAAAUCAUUGCCCCGGCUGCCAGCGCACAGGAGACACUGGCGACGCUGAACCUGGGCGCGCCGGGCUCCGAGCUCAGCGAGCGCAACAAGCGCACUAUCGGCAUCCUGCGUCAGCUCUUCCCCACGCUCACGCAGAUAAUCGAACAAAAGGUACAGCAGCUCACGAGCGUGGUGCUGCGGACGUUUGGACCACUGUUCCUGCGCCUUUUCCUAGGAGGAAACCGCAACCAGGGCCGCAUGAACGGCGGCACCGUCGACCUCGAGGACGACGACGAUGACGACGAUGAUGACGACGACGACGUCACCACCACGACCAGCACCACGGAGUCGUCGCGUCGCAAGCGCGCGCUCUUCUUCCUGCCGAAUUCGGUCGCCGAAGAUAACCUACUGUCGGGCGCGGAGUCGCAGCAGGCCGAGGUGCGCGUGGCCUUCGGAGAGGGCUCCGACCAGCAGACCGCCGACGACCAGCAAACCGCCGCGCAGACAAACGCCGCCUCCAUCGACGAGAUCACCCUCGAAGACGCCGACGACAAUGAGGAGAACAGGAACAAGAGAUUCCUGAACUUCGGAGACUCUUCGGGCUCGUCCGGCGGCGGGUCCGGAAAUUUCUUGUUCGAUAUCGUGCGACAGCCGGCCGAGGCGAUGGCGCGCGCCGCGGGUUCCGCCUUCCGACUGUUCGCGGGAACCGACUCGCUCAACGUGGGCUUCACGGCGUCGCACUCCGCCACGCUGGACCCCAACGACCCACAACUGGUUGCGGGCUCCUCGUCGGGCUCGGCCGGCGGCGAGGCGGGCGAGGGCGCCGAGGCGGGCAAGGGCGACAACCUGACUGAGGGCGUGCCCGGCCCCAUCACCCGCCUCUUCAUCAUCGCCAACCGCGGCAUCGCCAACCUCAUCCAGGACCUCAUCCUCCGCAUCGCGCAGACAUCCGAGAGGAUAGUCAACUUCAAGGCGCGGCUCAUCACCUCCAUCAUCUAAUGCGCGAGCUCCUAGACCAAUGUCGGAGGGUCCGCCGCGCCGCAGCGUCGGCCUCGCGCACUCGCCACGGCUCCGGCGGCCCGUCCGACUUGUCCGCGCCCCGGUCUCAAUUUGCUCGUCUCCCUUUCAAAUUGGGCUCGAGG